CUUAAACAAGGCAAACUAAUUGCUCUGGUGUAUAUAAAAACGUGGGUAAAAAUAAAAAUCACACAACAAUUCUUAAACGCCAUCAACUCUAUUGAAAAUAUGGCUAAUCCCAUAGCACUAACUACCAGCGAUAUACAAAGUCUAUGCCACAGUUACUUAAAGGAUCAUGGAGUGGAUGAUCAAGUAAAUAUAGAAAUUAUUGAUCACAAUUUAAAGCCCGUAUCUGAAGAUCUAUCUGGAUUUUUUGGUUAUCAUCGUUUCUUAACAGUGAAUGUCGCCACACAAAAUCAAAAAAGUGAUGAGAGGCAAUUACAAACCAUACGAUUUUUUACGAAAACAGCUCCAGUGGAAAUAGCAUCGCGCAUGGAGUAUUUGGAACAGUUUGGUGUUUACAAAAAGGAAAAGUCGGUUUUUAGUGAAGUCUUGCCCAAGCUGGAGCAAAUUUUUCCAGGCAUUUCACCCAAGUGUUACUAUGCCGAUAACACUUUGUUAGUGUUGGAGGACUUAAAUUUACGGCAGUAUAAAAUGGCUGCAGGCAGAGAUGGUUUGUUGGAUUAUCCUCAUUUAAAAUGUACCGUUAAGACUUUGGCUAGCAUGCAUGCUGCCUCAAUUGUUUAUGAGAUCAAAGAAAAGAAAAAGUUCAAUCUAUUACAUGCAGAAGCUUGUGCGGAGAAUGCAUAUCCCUUAAAUUAUCCUACAGAUCAUAUGCGUUAUCAGAAUUUUCGCAAUGCUUUGAAAGUUUUCAAAGAGUUCAUUAAACUAAUGCCUAAAUAUCAAGCCAAUUUAGAUGAAAUUCUAAAUAACUUGCAAGCUAAAAUGGCUGUUAUAUAUCCCUUGGCUCAAACAUCCACCAAAUAUCAAAAUGUUUUCUCUCAUGGUGACAUGUGGGCCAAUAAUGUCAUGUUCCAGUACAAUGAAGAUGGCAAAACACCUCUGCAAGCACGUUUUGUGGACUUUCAAUUGGCUCGAUAUGCUCCUCCCAUGUUGGAUUUAAUUACCAUUCUAACUAUACCUACUACCAGAGAAUUUCGUUCAAAAUAUCUUAUGGAUUUAUUAAUGGAUUAUUACACAUUUAUGAAGGAAUUUUUGCAGCAGGAAAAACUCUCUAUCGAAGAUUUUAUACCUAGAGAACAAUUUUAUGAUUCUUUUAAGGAAUUUCGUGUGUGCGGUUUAAUAGAAUCAUGUUUCUUCUCACAUCUGACCAUUUUACCUCCAGAAUGCACUGAAAGUUUAGCUAGCUCUACCGAUGGCUUCACCGAUUUUUUCGAACGUAAGAGAGUGGAAAUUUGUUUGAAAGCUUUUAAUACAGAUAGAAUAUAUCGUGAGAGACUGACGGAUAUGCUGGAGGAUUUAGUGGAUAAUUAUGUUUUAGAGAAGUAAAUUUAAGAAAUGUAAUUUAGGGAAAUAAAUGCUCAAUUUGUUUUUCUUAA